AACACUAACAAAGCUACGUGUUGUGUUGAGUAUCGCUGAGGUGUUGCACUCUGUUGACGCCCACUCACGGUUAAAAAUAAAAAUUAAAAAAAAGAUUUGAGCCAGUUGUCCCUUUCAUUAUACCUGGGAAGAGAAGAGAGUUUGUUUUAACUGUAGCGUUUCUCUUAUAAGGUAGUUGGAGCUCGAGUCUGUCAAUAGCUGUGUGUGUGUGUGUGCCCCUCCCACCCUGUUUACGUGAAGGCCUCUGGAGCUGCUGCCCGCCAGGGAGAGACGCACCGGGAGCCACCGCACACAAACGCGCCGUCAGAAAAUGUCUGUGGAGAAAGUAUUCGACGAGCUCGGACAUUUCAAAAGAUUUCAGGCAUGUCUGUACUUUGCAGCAGUCUUCCAGGCCAUAGCUUGUGGAAUCCACUACCUGGCCUCAGUUUUUUUGGUGGAAACUCCAAAUUUUGUGUCUAGCGUGCCCGGCAACAUCACCGACGUUCUGUACGGUAACGUGACGGCAAGCAGCCUGGAAGAAAUUUUGCCAGUCUUCAAAUCAGGUAGCGGACCACUGGUGGUGAAGACAGCAGAAGGAGAACAGUGGGAGCUAAGCCGGUGCCGCUGCACCCUUCGCAUCAACCCAAGACACUUUUCGUAUGACUUCGAUGGCAACAAAACAGUGAAAGAAUGUACGGGGAACUUUGUUUAUGACCAUACCGAAGUUUACCAAAGCAUUGUGACCGACUGGGACUUGGUAUGUGAUAAAGAGUGGCUGGCCAAGCUGUGCCAGCCCACAUUCAUGCUCGGGGUGCUGAUUGGAGCGCUGGUGUUUGGGGACGUUGCUGACAGAAUUGGCCGUGUAAAGAUUCUGAUGCUCACCAGCGUUUGUCAGUUCGGGUUCGGAGUAGCUGUAGCAUUCUCCGGAAACUACUAUUUCUUUGUGGUGCUCCGCUUUCUCCUCGCUAUGGUGUCUAGUGGCUAUCUGGUGGUGGUCUUUGUCUAUGUAACAGAGUUCACUGGCAACAAGGUACGCACAUGGACAUCGAUGCAUGUGCAUGCAGCCUUUGCUGUUGGCGUCAUGAUGGUGGCUCUGACUGGUUACCUGGUGCGGGUGUGGUGGAUCUACCAGAUAGUCCUCUCCAUAUGCACCGCACCUUUCUUGCUCUUUUGCUGGAAGUUUCCCGAGACCCCCUUUUACUUGAUGGCCAAGGGCCGCUUUGAGGAAACUGAGAAACUGCUGAAUGUGAUUGCCCGCGUCAACGGCCUUGAAUGCAGGCUGAAAGCUGAGGAUCUCCUGGAGCCAGGGAAGAGGGAAGAUGGCAAAAGUCUGCUGAAGGGAGACACAGAGGAGCAGUCAUCCAAGCCUGAGAAGAAGCUGACCAUCGUGGACCUGUUUGGCAGCUGGAGGAUGGCCGGUCGUACAUGCACAGUGUGGGCCAUCUGGUUCAUCGGCAGCCUGGGCUACUACGUCUCCUCUCUGGGCUCAGUAAAUCUGGGAGGAAACCAGUAUGUUAACCUCUUCCUUGCCGGUGCAGUGGAGCUCCCCUCUUAUCUGGUUGGCUGUUUUGCAAUGGAUCGGAUUGGAAGGAAGAAGACGUGUGCCCCAUCUCUGCUCCUGGCCGCGCUCGCCUGUUUUCUCAUCAUUGUGGUACCUGCUGACAUAGAGAUCCUAAUUAUUGUUCUGAGUAUGAUAGGAAAGUUUGCUAUUGCGAUUGCCUUUGGUCUCAUCUACCUCUACACCUGCGAGCUUUACCCGACUAUCAUCAGGUCUUUGGCAGUAGGUAGUGGCAGUAUGAUGUGCCGUGUUGGCAGUGUGGUGGCCCCUUUCUGUGUCUACCUGGCUGACAUCUGGAUCUACCUACCUCAGCUUAUUGUGGGAAUCCUGGCAUUAAUUUUUGGAGUACUCGCACUGUUUCUGCCUGAGACCCUUGGCAAACCUCUGACAACCACCUUGGAAGAGGCUGAAUCUCUGGGACGUAAACCCAGCAAGAUGAACGACAGACUGGAGUUGAACCAGCAUGGAGCAAAAGUUUGAGCCGUACACUUCAGGGAACACACAAGGAGACAAGCUGUGGAAGAGAGACGAGGUGACAACAGUUAAAUACCUGGAAACAAAAACGACAUAGAUUAAUAGGAUGGUUGGAAAAAAGUGAAAAACAAGAAAAGAUAACAGGUUUUUAUGACAACUUGUAAAGUGACUUUUUUGUUUACAUUUUGUUCCGCAAAGUGACCGACAGCUUGAUAUUUUAGGAGGCCUGAGAACUUCCUCACACUCUUCUGCUCUAUGAUGUAAUCAUCACAAAACAAUGAAAAUCAUGUGCCAUGUGGGGUAAUUUGUGAUAGCAUACUUUGAGUCUUUUUUUGUAGUUUCGAUCAUAAUUUCUAUUACUGAUUUUAACUUUGUACUUAAAAAAAUGUUCAAAAUUUGCUUGGAACACAGCUACAAAAAAGACAGACAGGACAGACAAUGGAAAAACUUUAUUUAUUUUUAAAUUAAAUUAAUAUUUUGUAGUUAUAGACAGAACAAAAGCAGAUUUUUAUGUUAGGUCGUCAGGUGUUUCUUGCCCUGUUGGGCUUCUUUUAAGCAGUGUUUCAGCGCUUAUACUCCUGUUCUUACCACAGUGUUAAUAUUACUGACAAGGAGUGAUGACCAAAACUAUAAAAAUCAGACUCCAGCUGUAUUGAACCAAGUUAUCCUUUAAAACAAAGUUAUCAAGGCUCAACUGCUGCACAUUUUUUAUGUCUCCGAGCAUUGGCACAGAUCAUGGCAGUGCCUUGGUUAUUUUAUAUCAUAAUAAAUCGUAUGUCAUGUAUCAAAAUGCUAGAAUGUAUUAUUCUAAUAUUAAAUAAGUGCCUUCAACUUGCCUUUUAAGGCUUUCUUUUAAUCUCAGGACAUCAGUUUUGCUGUGAAUCUAUCACUGGAUUUAUCCUCAAUUGCCUCUUGUUAAAGAUCAAAUAUUUAAAGGUAACAAAAGAGCCAAGUUUUGCACACGAUUGUCAGAGCUUUAUUAGGUCUUAUUAUUAUUAUUAUUAUCAUUAUUAUUAUUAGGACCUUUAUUAAAGGUUUAUUCACGAUGAAGUUCUAAUUACCCAUAAACAUUACGGUGAGCACAAAGACAGUGUGCAGGAGUUUUUUAAUUUUUUUUUAUAUGUGCUUAUAUGCAAUCAGAUGCUAGGCAGAUUGAGAAAAGAAGCAUAAUAGUACCAUAUAGAGUCUUCAAGAGUCAUAUAUAAUCUCCAGAUGUUUGGACCAAAUACAGGGAUGGACCACAACACUGUGGAGAUGUACUGUAUAUACCUGAUUUACAAUAUUAUGUUACGGUUAUGGUGCAUUAAUCCAAAGGAGAAAAAAAACAGCAGCUGGUGUUCUAAAACUGGUGACUGGUCUGCAAUCAACAGUAUGGACUUUUCCAUUUAUAGUAUCCUCGUCUUAUUUUGAUUUACAAUAAAUAUGCAGAGGGUUGACACUGGGGUUUAUGGCUUCUUCAUCCUGUUCAUAUGAACUGGCUUUAGUUAGCACAGUUUUACAGUGAUACAGAGAAGAGACUUUAUAAACCUUGGUAAAGGAGCAAGCACAUUCCUUCCAUUUGUCAAGAGGGGAAGUUUGAACUUGGUGCUGGAAAUACAAAAUAAUACAGCAGGUCUGAGGAUACGGUGCCUAUAUACAUUAACCGCUUUGUGUUUGAUGGUGAAGGGGAAGUCCCACAGCCACAGUGACAUUCCCAUUGCCAUUACCGAAUACAUAAAGAUCCUCUGUGUUCAACUUUUCAGGAGAAAACUACCAGUUUUUAUGUGUGUGUGUGCUUAUGUGUAUGGAAAAGUACUAACCAUCAGUUAGGCUUCUAACAUGAACUUCUAGUUCUGUCGUGAUACUGGUGCCUCAAAUAGAGUGGGGGCUAUUACUGGGCUAAAUGGAGCGAGUAAGGAUGUAAGGAUUGGAAUGAAGGUUAAGAUAACUUUAGGGUUAGGUGCAGUGAGGUACAGUAAAAACAGAGUUCCAGAGUAGCAAUAGCUCUACUGAAAUAAGAACACGAGGUCAGUUACAGUAAACUCGUUAGGUGCGUAUUACGCCUCCCUUGCUUUCUGAGAAUUGCUACCGAUUGGCCUCAUUUUUGGUUAUUUUAGAUUCAUGCACACACAGUCUUGUUUUCAAAUCAGAGGAUCUUGCUUUGGCUGAUAAUCAUUUCCUGGAGAGUCAUCCAUAUAAUAGCUGCUUAUUCCCAGACCAUAACCUAAA